AUGAGUUCUGCAGAUGCGGCCGAGCUACUUCUCGACACGCUCAGCGACGACGAGCUGGAGGCAGGAGGGCACUCAAUGUGUGACGUGGACGAGGACCUGUUUGACGGCGAGGGCGACGAGUCUUACCGUUCUGUUAUGUCUGACGUUGAAUCUGGCGAAGACUCAGACCUGUCGGAAGGAGGGCGGUUAGACGACGAUCAUGCGGAGCGACCUCUAGUUGCAGGAUGCUACCUCGGCCAGCGUCGAAACACCGGUGACACCGUCGCCAACGUCUGCGUAAGCAUCUCCGAGCUUCUCGUCGACGUCUCAUGUGCAAUGUCUCAUCGAUUUUGGACUCUCGGAGUGCUGGCUCUCCAGCUUGCUGUCGCUGCCGUGAAUGCAGCGUCGGCCGUCGAGAUCCUCUCGCAGGUCCCGUCGUGUGCUUCCGAGUGCAUCAGCAGCACAUUCAUCACGUCCGCCUGCGAUCCAGAAGACGUGACUGCGUGCAUCUGUCUCGACAUUGCUGUCCAAUCGGAGCUUUCGACAUCUGCAGCGACGGUAGAGGGGGCCCUGUGCGAAGGGUACCCCAAAGCAUCGCGAAGGACGGAAGUCCGACGGACGCUCAUCAUCAGCUGCAGUCUUGUGCUGUUCGUCGUGACGCUUCGUCUGUUCACGAGCAAACAGUAUGCGGGUGGUCUAUGGAGGGACGACUACAUGACCAUCCUCGCGGCGGCACUCCUCAUCGCCUUGGCCGCGGUCUAUCUGCACAUUACAAGCAUCGGUUUCGGCAUGCACUACUGGACGAUACCGGUUGGUAAUGGGGUCGUCAUCCGAAAGGUUCGGUGA